CUCAUUUUCGAUGUAUUUUCGUAUCGCCUACCGCAUCUUUCCGUAGCUCAUUAGCUUGGGAUCGGAGAAGACAGCUCGCGGCACCUGGCACACCUGGCACACUUUUUUUUUCUCCUUGCUUACAUUUGCGCCGUACACCCUUGGCCAGCCUAGCUUAGCGACUUGAUCCGUAUUAAACAAAAUCCCAGCGACAUCCAACCCCCAUCACGGAAAGCCCCUCCCUCUUACUCUGGUCAUUGCCUCUUUGUCUUUUGUGGACAAGACUUUUUUUUCUCCUACCUUUCUUUACACUCCUCUCGCACACACACACAUACAAUGGAAUACGACGCCAGACAAGUCGCCGAGCACAAGUCCGGUGAGGACGCUUGGUUCAUCAUCCACGGCCAGGUCUACGACGUGACAAAGUACUUGGCCGACCACCCCGGCGGUGCUGAUGUCCUCAUCGAGGCUGCUGGCACCGACGCCUCGGAGGCCUUUGAUAACGCUGGCCACUCGGAAGACGCCUUUGAGGUCAUGGACACGUACAAGGUCGGCAAGCUCAAGGGCGCGCAAAAGGCCAAGCCCAAGCCCAAGCCCAUGGCUCUCGUGAAGCCUCCUGCUGCUGCUGCUGCCGCGCAGAACAAGGGCACCACGCUUAGCCAGACGGGCGCCAAGCUCAUCAACCUCUCGCUCUUUGCUGCUGCCGUCGGCGCCACCUACUACGCUGCGCGCCACCACGGCCCCGCGAUCCCCAAGUGGAUGCUGCACCUUGUCAACAACGAGACGCCCGGCAAGCACGGCCACGGCUUCACCAAGGGCCUGCUUGUUGGCGGCUCCGUGUUUGCUGUCGUCGACUACGUGCUUGCCCAGCACUUUUUCAAGCUCCUCUGGGGCAACAGCCGCUCCUUCACGACGUACCCUGCGCACAUGAAGAUCCCCAAGAUUGUCCAGGAAGACACCCUCUUGCAGCGCGGCCUCCUCGACCCCGUCACCUACUCCCACCUGCCACUGCAGGCCAAGACCAUGAUUACACCCAACGUCUACCGCUUUACGUUUACGCUGCCCGACAAGACCACCAUCCUCGGCCUGCCCAUUGGCCAGCACGUUGCCAUCAAGGCCGACAUUGACGGCGAGAGCGUCGCCCGCUCGUACACCCCCGUGUCCAACAACGUUGAUCUUGGCAUCAUCGAGCUCGUCAUCAAAGUGUACCCUGACGGCAAGCUCACCAGCAAGUACCUGGCCAACCUCCAGGUCGGCGACGAGGUGCUCUUCCGUGGACCCAAGGGUGCCAUGCGCUACCACCGCGACCUCUGCGACAAGAUUGGCAUGGUUGCUGGCGGUACCGGCAUUACGCCCAUGUACCAGCUCAUCCGCGCCAUCUGCGAAGACGACCGCGACUUGACCGAGGUCAGCCUCAUCUACGCCAACCGCUCCGAGGAGGACAUUCUGCUGCGCAAGGAGCUCGACGCCUUUGCCCGCCGCUACCCCAAGAACUUCAAGGUCUACUACAUGCUCGACCAGCCCCCUGCCGACUGGGCCUACGGAAAGGGUUAUGUCACCAAGGACCUCAUGGAGGAGAGACUGCCUGCUCCUAGCGCGCAGACCAAGAUGAUGCUCUGCGGUCCUCCUGGCAUGGUCAACGCCGCCAAGAAGUCGCUGGUGUCGCUUGGCUUUGAGCAGCCCGGCGCCGCCUCCAAGAUGACGGACCAAAUCUUCCUCUUCUAAUUUUUCUUUUUUGUUUGUAAUUGGACCGGCGUUUCUUUGUUUGGGAGGGGGAGGAACAUGACAACACUAGGGAUUUUUUGUUGUACAAGUUUGAUUUCGAUAGAGCAUAUACCAUUAGAGUGUACGAAUGAAAAUUGCCAUAA